UUGAUUUCUGUAGUUACCAAGGCUCGUCGGCUUGGAAGAUUACCGAUGCAUUUUGCAGGCGUCAUGUGGGAUUUCGUCACUGCUAUAGUCGGCCAUGAACGGAACAAAGGAAAGCGAAAGGGAAAUCAGGGAUUUGGUGCACGUUCACGAGAUGUUAUGUUGGAGUAUAAAGUAGGGCGGAUCGAUGACUUGCAGCCAGCAAAUUCAUCACUUCAUCCCUUCAACCCUAUCAUACAAUUCACUCACUUCUAUUGACGCUUGAUCGUCUAUUGAUAAUCUACUACUCUCGAAAUCAUCUUCAACUUGCACAUCAACAUGCACUUCUCGGUUUCAGCGCUUGUAGUUAUCGCACUUUCCUCCUCCGUCCUCGCAACUCCAAUCUGGGGUAAAGGAUGGGGGGGCAGUGAAGAUAGCAAGUACAAAGAUAUCAAGAAGUAUGGAGGCCACAGUGAGCAAAAGUACAACAGCAUGUUCUACUUUGACAAGACGUACACGGUCAAGGCGUACCCAGAUCAGGUUGUAUCGGGAAACGGAUCUGCAGCAACGCCGGCGCCGGGAGAGCAUGGUGCAAAGGGCUUGUUCAAAUUUGGGAUCAAUGUCGCUGAGAACGUCAUAUGCUACAAUAUCACUUUGUCUGGAGUAACUGGAGAAUACUCGUCGCAAGCCAACACCGCGACGCACAUACACGAGGCCGUCGAAGGGGCCAACGGGCCUCCGCGUCUAGCGUUCCCCAACCCCCAAGGACCGGACAAUCGCCGCGUUUCGUAUGGCUGUCUGACAGGCCCAUUUGAAACUGGUAUUGUGCAAAAUGGGGAAGACACAGGCGCUGGCUUCCAUGUAGAACAGAUUGUUGAGAACCCCAGUGGGUUCUUUUCUGAUUCUCAUACGGCGAAAUUUGUGCCAGGUGUUGUACGUGGUCAGCUUGCGUAG